AACAAGGUGAAUUUUGAAUGUUUUUGAAUGUCUAUUCGUGGAGCAUUUAGUUUCCACUCUUGUCACAAGCGAGAGAAUUCGACUGGAGAGAACCGAGAGAAUUAUACACGAAAGCGCGGCUGUUCAGUUACUCUUGUCCUUGGUAGAGCGAUGGCUUCAGAGAAUCGGCCGCCGAAGGCGAAGUCGGUGCUUCAGGGCCUGAGAAAGUCAGACUUUCGCGAUUGUGGUCUUGCGGAUGUGGACAAGCUCGAGCUAAAAGGCGUCCAGGUACUAGACGUUGGUGGAAAUGCGGCCGUUAAAAGUCUCGACCCUCUUCUAUCAGCCGUGCCAGGGUUACGCAUCUUGUUUGCAGCGGGGUUGCCACACAUAAACGAGUUUCCGCUCGCUUUGCACGAAAAGGAUGCCGAAGCCAGCGAUUGUGCUCCGGAAACAGAUCGACCACCAAUGCAAAACCAAGAGUCAUCGUCAGGCUUUCCCGAAAGUGUACAAGACAUGAUAUCUGAUUGCGUGGCGCGACGAGACGACGCUUUUGCCACUCCGAAAGGGCUCUAUUUCAUCGGAUUAAGACACUGUUCGCUUACGCGCCUGCCCUCGCCGCGUAUCAACUUGUGCAAUCUCGUUUGGAUGACGGUUACCGACAAUCAGAUUGCAUCCUUACCUGACGAUUUCGAGCGCUAUUCGGCGCUCAGAAAAGUCGGAUUCACGGGCAACCGAAUUCAGGCACUGCCACUGACGUUCCCGAAAUCACUGGAGCUCAUACGCUUUCCGGACAAUUGUCUUACCGACGAGGGCUUCGCUCGUGGCCAUGAUUGGUUGCUGGACACCUCGAAGUGCCCGAAAAUCGCAUGGACCGCCUGGUCGGGAAAUCCAAUUUCCUGGCUGAAAGAUCCCGCAGAUACAUCUUCAACUGCUGCGGCAACGACUCCGAAUACUACAAAGCCUAUCAAGAAAGCCAGUGAAGAUGAUAUAAAACUGCUACAGCUCGGCGCGGAUUUAAAUCUUUCAAUACCAGCUCCUGCUGAAAGUUGCGCCGGAAGAGGUGACUUUUCAGCGCUCUGUUACAAAUCUACCGGCGCAACGGCGAAACAGUUGGGAACAGGUGCUUCAGGAUGGGUUUAUGAGACAGAUUCAGUUGAGUAUGGCAGAAUCGCCGUCAAGCUUUUCAAGCAAGGAAUCACUACUGACGGAAAUAAUGAGCACGAGAUGCGAAUACUGCAAUUGCUUUUUGUGGAGGACGCCGACAAAACUGGGGAUGGGGGAGUGAUAACGAGCAGUACUUCAUCCUCUUCAUCCUCUUCCGUUGUGCCACCGGCUUGGUCGAGGAGACUUUAUCGUGGCCAACAGAACACAGUCGAACUUUUGGGAUUGGUUGUGAUGGAUAACGACGACACUACCGGUACAACAACAAGCGAAGCUAGUAUUGGCGUUGCCAUGCGGUUAUUGGAAGGAUACACGGCGCUUGGUAACACGCCAUCCUUCCACUCUGUCACACGCGAUGUCUUCGACAGCGGGAAGCUCUUUGAGAUCGUUGCAGGUGACGUUCUUACUAUCGUCACGCAAAUUGCAGAAGCCUGUUUCUUUCUUCACAAGCGCUGCGUGAUUCAUGGCGACUUGUAUGCCCACAACAUCAUUUGUCGGCGUGAUGUCGACAAUGAAGAAACCCAUGUUCAUGCGGUGCUAACGGAUUUCGGAGCUGCGUUUGCGUGUUACGAUAAUGAGCUUCGACGUCGUUUUGUCCAGACUGAGUUGAGAGCUUGGGCUAAUUUGUGUGAGGACUUAAUCUGGGCCUCGUCCGAAGACGACGCUAUACCAACGCCUUUCUUGUCUCUGCUCGAGUGCAUCGCGCUAGUACGCGGAGGUGUCAUAGGAAACUUUGAUGAACUGCUAGCUUCUGAAACACUCUCCAGCACUUCUACUUGCGCUGGAUAAAGCAAUGUACAUUUUUUGGUGCCAAGCACAGUUCUCAUAGAUUCUUGAGGAGCAUCGCACGCGUACGGG